GCCGUUUGUGGUUCGUGUAUUGAUGAAGCUGUGUGUUGUGUGUCCGUCUCUCUAUUUGCAAAACUGAACAAAAGCAUUUUAAUUAUUAAUUACUUUGUUUCGCAUUAUUGUGUUCGCGACAUUGCCAGUGAAGCGGUUUAAAUUAACACAAUGGCUGACAUUGAUAGUGCGCGCGAGGCGGAAUUACGCGGAAAACAAAUCUGCCGCUUCUGCUUGACACAAGAAGACAUGCUUGGUUCCAUUUUUGUAGAGCACAAACGCAUUAAAGCCACAGCCUCCUUGCCGCUGCAGAUAAUGGCUAUUACAUCCAUUGAGGUUAACAAAGGCGAUGGCAUGCCCGGUUACAUUUGUUUGGAUUGUCGUUUGCUCUUUGAGCACAGUUAUCGCUUCAAACAGAUGUGUAAGAAAGCCGAAACACUCUUGCGCCAAUAUCCACUUACGGGCACGUGGCCAAAGGCGCUGGAUAAACCUCGAGCCCCGAUGGUGGGCGCCAAGCGUGAAGCGCCAACUGAUGUGCAACCGAAAAAACUGCUCAAUACGAUGGGCAAUAAAGCAAACAACGUUACCAUUGAAAAUGUACAGAUAUUGAAAACUGCCACGCUUCGCGGCAUUGCUCAGCGCGCCGCAGCAGGACCCCCCAAGCUACUCAAUGUAGCUGCCGCCAGCUCAGCCGAACCAGCUGUUCCACCACGCGCCGCAAUCAAGCGAUCGUAUCAGGUGAAGGUGGAGAACAGCCAGGAACUUUCCAUGGACGAUGUGCACAAUUUGAUCGCUGAUAUUGAAGGUCAAUUGGAUAUGGACAAAACGGCAAAAUGUUCGCCAGGUAAAUCGCCGAUGCGACUGCUCAACAAGAUUACCGAAGAGCCUGUGGAACCACGCAUAGCACCGCCGCAGAUAAAGCAUUAUGACGAUGGUAAUGUGGCAUUGGUUACCGCUGUGCUCGAUCCCAAUGAGCUCGAUGCUGCUGCUGAUCCCACGAAGAAUGCCGAGCGUGUGGCCACCAAUGUGUUUCCCUGCACGCAUUGUCAUCGCUCGUUCCCGUUGCAGCAGCUACUUGACAUUCACAUAGCAAAUCAUAAACGCGAGCGCAGUUUCAAGUGCCCUGACUGCGAUAAGAGCUUCUUUUCCAAAUAUGAUUUAAAGAAACACAGCUUUCUGCACACCGGCGAACGGCCUUAUAAGUGCGCCAUCUGUAAUUCCACCUUCAAUCGACGUGCGCUGCUCAAUCGCCAUGAACGCACACACACCGAUGUGCCCAAGUACAUUUGCGUCUACUGUCAGCUGCCCUUCAUUUCGCGCGAAGAGAUGGAGAAACAUACACUGAAGCAUACAAAGUAUCGUCCCUUCCAGUGUGACUUCUGCCAAAAAUCAUUUAGUUUCAAGCAAUCGCUGGAGCGUCAUGAGGUCUUGCACAGCACAAAUUUGCCGUUCCCAUGUCAAUAUUGCAGUCGCGGCUUCGUAACCGCUGGCAGAUUGGCCAGUCAUCUAAGAGCGCAUGCUGGAAGACGUUCGUAUCCCUGCAAGUACUGCAGGAAAUCAUUCCUGUUGUCGCACCAUCUGUCGCGUCAUAUGCGAAUGCAUGAUUUGGCCUCGACUACCACGUUCACCUGCUGCAUUUGCAAGGAGUCGCACAACUCGUUUGCUAGUUUGCUCAAGCACUCAUCGAUCCAUGCUAAGGAGUCGUUGAUGUGUGCGCUGUGCAAGUCGAAAUGCAGCAGUGAACACGAAUUGGAAUCGCAUAUGCUGGCGCAUAGACAUAGCGAUCGAUUUGCUUGUGAAUUUUGUGACUACAUUUUCAUCACGUACUCUGAACUGAAGAAGCACAUUGAUAAGGAUCAUGUGUUGGACAUGGUGCCGUAUCAGAAUGUGGCCGACAAAGAAGUGAAGGAAGAGUCGGAGCUAAUUGAAGAAUUGCUGGCCGAAGAGCCAUCAAAUGAGUCUGUUGAUAAUGAAUCAACAUCGCCACCCAAGGCAAAAGUACGUAAAUUGAGUGAAGAACCAAAACCGAAAGUGAAGCAAGAAGAGCUAGCAGAUCAAUCGGAGCAAGCAUCGACCUCGUCGCAGCGAGCCAGGAAAUCGGGUAGCACCAGGAGCAGUGUGGGUGCCUCCGUUUCCCCCGAAGGCAAAUCCACAACACGCAAGCCACGAGCUGUCAAGACAAACAAAGCAGUUGCCAAAACAGAGGUGAUUGAGGAGCCUGCUAAUAAAUCGGGCAACAAGCUAAGGAUUGGCAAAGUGACGAAGAAGUAAUGAUGGAAUUUUUUUAACUAACUAUUGCAUGAGAUUACAAAAGAGAAAUUGUAUUUUGUAACAAAUUAAAGAUUGCACUAAACUGCACAUGAACUAGUCUUUGUUGGGCCGGAUGUUGAUGAUGCAUCUUAUCCAUUGUUAAACAUACUUAUUUCGCCACUCUUUUAUUCAGUUAAGCUUCGUCGUUCUUUUUUGUUGGAUUGUGUGUGUAUUUCUCCAUAUGGAUUUCGGCUUACAUUAUUGUAAAUACAUAGAGUGUGUGAUUUAGGUAUUGGUUAAACCCAAACAAGCUGUGUAACACCUUUGCGUUGCUUAAUCCUCAUAACCAUCGGGCAGGGGGUUGACAUGGGGGUUGUGGAACAGACUCUUGUUGCCCUCGCCCCAGGGGAAACGCUUCUCACGGCGACGCAGAUAAUCGUACUUGACAAACUCCUGGCGGGGAUGACCGUGCUCCUCCUGAUGCUUCAGGUAGGCGUUCAACAUGCACAGACCCACAGCUGGGACGGCCACGAAGAAGGACAGGCGCUUCCAGACCUUGUAGCCACCUGGACAAGACAAAAUGGAACAAUGUUAAGUCGUUUGCUUUUGCAAAAUUCUGGUCGAUGACCAAAUUACAUAACCUUAACCUAACAAUGGGACUUUUAUAGCUUGUGGCGAUAGUUACCAGAGUGUUCACCAGCAACGGCGGCAGUGCCGGACAUGUUCCUGGCGGCAGUAGCGCCAAUUUGGCGACGAAUCGCAUUGUUCAAAACGAACGACAUAAUUUAUUUACGUAUUACUUCGCUCG